ACCACGCGCGCAGCCUCCGACGUUUACGUGACUCAUCUCAUGACGGAAUAACGACGUGCGACGUACGUACGUGGUAAAUACCUGUGACCGGCGCGGGACUUACGCUCGACUUUAUUUGCAAAAAAUAUAACACUCGAUUAGGAAACCGGCGCUGACGCAACGCGCGGGGAAAAAUAUUAUAUACGCUCAGCUGAUAUUGACAGUACGUAGAUAAGUUGAUAUUUUAAUAUUACGCGCGCUUAUCAGAACUUUUGAAGCGGCUAUUCGGAUGAUAGAAGAUAUUUUGGACUAUUCCGCUCGAACCUUCAGUGACUCAUAUAAAAUGACGAAAGUUAAGUUGAAAUAUUCAAGGCCCGGCCCGAUUCCUGCUAGUAUACGUAAAUGUUGAGUUAAGGAAAAAGUUAUGUAAACGUUCGUGAUUAUUUAUGUCGUUGAAACGUAUGUGAGUGAACUUGUGUGUUAAUUUACGGACUGUAGAACUGUUAAAAUAUUAAUACAGCUACUAAUGAAAACCGAAGAUCUCUAUUUUAAACAACCAAAAAUAUUCUUGUAUCUAAGUGUAAAUAUAAAACCAAACAAUUAAUCAAAAAGGUACAACUCUACAGUGAACAAUAACACGGAAAAUAAUCUUGGAUUGGUGCCAAAAGUUGUUUUAAGGAGGUGUUCCUAACAAUAAGUUACUCAUCGGUUUAAAGGUCGUACGCAAAGAGCUACGGCGAAAGUAUCAACAUUUGCAUACCAAACAUAUUCUUGCCAAUCAACCGACGAAUAUCUUCAGCUAGUAUCAAAACCUUUAACCUUUACUAUCAACUCAAAAUAAAUAAAGUCAAAUCUAGAAAACUCCAUCCAAUCUAAAGUGACCAAAGAAAAAUUUCCAGCGAAAACAACAAUUAUACUCAAAGAAGCAGUCACACUUUUUAAAGCAAUAACAAACGUAGUGCAAGAGCGACCGGUAGAAGUGUGUGAUGCUGUAUUGAAGGAUGCACUUGCCCUAUGAGUCGAGGGGCCGUCGGCGCCGAGAAAUGGCCGAUCUUGAGCCCUGGUGGCUGCAUUCCAUUAUCGAGGAGACGAAGAGCGAACAUCCUGAUCUUGUGCGAACCGGCAGCCCUGACUACAUGUGCUCCGCGCUACCACACCACUGGCGCUCGAAUAAAACCUUGCCCGGGGGCUUCAAGGUUGUAGCCCUGGGCGAAGUGAUAGAUGGUACGCAGGUCACCGUGCGCGCGGGGAAUGACGAGAACUGUUCUGCGGAACUGAGGAAUAAUACUGCAUUAAUGAAGAACGGUAUCGCCAAGUUUAAUGACUUGAGGUUCGUCGGGAGAAGCGGUAGAGGGAAGAGUUUCUCGUUAACCAUCACGAUAUCAACCUCACCACCUCAAGUAGCGACCUACCAAAAAGCCAUCAAGGUUACUGUGGACGGACCACGGGAACCACGCUCUAAAACUAGUACAAAUACCUCACCCCACCAAAUCAGAGCGAUAGGCUUCCAGCGGUCGUUCAUCCCAAGCUCCUCCAUGGCACUGAGGGAGAUGGAGUACAAGUCCUCGUCACGAAGUCUACGCUCCCUCUCCCACGAGGAACGAGAGUACAAGACUAACGCCAACUUGUCGAAUGAAGAAAACACCGGCAACAUACUGGGCGCUAGCGAGUGGAACACGGGCUACCCGUCCACGGCCACCGUGUACCCGAGCUAUGGACCUCUACAACCUCCCUAUUACAAGCCGGACCCCACAAUACAUAUACCUGCAGUCCUCCCGGAAAUACAACUGGGGCACGCCGACUACGGUAGCUUUCAAUCGAGUUCAACGGGCUUCAAAGGGAGUCCGAGCGCUGCAACGGGGACCCUAACAGAUCUCAACUCCGCCGGCAUGCCAACGCAGAGAUACGACCCAAACUACUACAACACCUGGCCCGCCAACUCAUACAACUACCAAUACAACAACAUCAACAACAACCCCUCCUGCCUACAAUCCCACACACCCUACAUAAAUCCCAACACGCAAAUGAUCGUGCCGAAUCUAUACUCAACAGUCAACCAGAACGAAAUCCAUGUUCAUCUGCACAGUACCGACAAAUAUAAUCUCUCCGAACAGUACAUGCCGCGUGAGAUAAAAAUAAGCGAUAUAGAUGGCGGGAUUUCUAUCACGACAGAUUUACCAGGUGUUAGUGAGGCUAGCGGCUUAGUGCAAACAUGUGAAACGGUCGAUGAUGUGAAACAUGGACUCUACGGUGCGAGUAACCAAGAAGUUUGGAGACCCUAUUGACAAAUCGUACAACCUCAUUACUAUAAUCAACAUUCCAUUGUACAUAUUGUGAUAUAAUUAUUGUAUUAUGCUAAAAUUGUAGAUUUAUUGUAUAGUAGGAAUCAAUUAAUGUUAAACAUUAAUUA